AUGCAAGGCUCGCACGCUUAUGGGAUUAUACCCACCUUCAAUAGCCGCAACAAGUGGCGGGACAGAGACGAUGCAAUGGCCACCAUGAGCCCGUGGGAGAGUCGAGACGACAGCGGUGUCCCUGCGAUGCUGGGCGGUGGUGAUGAUGGCGGCAUCUUGAGAAACGUGAUCGUGACGGGAGCAAAUCGAGGCCUCGGAUUUGCUAUCGCCGAUCGCAUGCUGAAGCUCGGCAGCUACCGUGUCGUUCUCGCUUGCCGUAACGAGCAAGAGGGCCGCGAUGCGUUGGAGCGACUCCGGGGGAAACAGCAACAGCGCCGGCAGCGCCAAUACGGCACGAUCGCAACGAAUUUCUUGGCGUCCUUCUUCCCUCUUGACGUCACCUGCCCGAGAAGCGUCGAGGUCUUCCGGGAGGACUGCGUGAAUGGGCACCUUGGUGGAAGGGUUGACAUCCUGUUCAACAACGCGGGGGUGUGCUUCCCGGAACAGGACGGGAACGGGCCACAAAACAACAGGGCGGCGGCCGCCGGCAUUCUUCGGGAAACCCUUGCGGUCAACUUUUUCGGCGCGCUCGAGGUAGUGGAAGCUUGUGUGCCGGCGCUACAAGCGGCGGCACCAAUGGUGGCGCGGAAAGAGAAGAAGAAGGCCGCCUUGAUGCUGGAAGAUAAUGGAGCCACAUCGACCAUGACGUCGCUGAAGCCACCGACCGUUGUCUGGAUUUCCAGUGGGGAUGGGGAACUGUGUUUCCUCGGGAGCAAGUGGCGUGGGCUGCUCGCGGAAGCCCAGAGUCUUGAGGACGUAAAGUCGCCCUUGUCGGACCUGUUGGCCACCGCAACCGACACCAUCACAACCACCUCGAAGCAGAACAGCACGGCCCCAGCAGGAUCUCAACAAGAGGGAGAACAAGGGCAAGUGGAAGAGAUGGCGUUUGGGCCCACACCGGCCUAUAGCCUUUCUAAGGCUGCUGUCAACGCCGCCGUCCGCACGUGGGCGCCGUGUAUUCAAGCUCCGACGGUGCCAGCAGAAGCGCCCGAAAACACCAAGUCCAGGACUGGCGUUCGGGGUGGAGGGGUGCGGCUCGUGGCCGUGUGCCCCGGCGAUGUUCUUACUCGCAUGACCUCAAAGGAGGAGAUGGCAAGAGGAGACGCGGUUUCCCCCGAAGAGGCGGCAGUUGAGGUGGUGGACCUCGCGCUUAGUUCGGCCAACGAUAUCCCGGCUGGGAGGUUCUACAGGCAUGGAGAGGAGAUCGGGUGGUAA